UAUUCGUUGUGGCGGGUACAAAACUGCAAAGGGAUUAGAAAACUAAGGUUUUGAUUGUUAAAAUAAAUAAAAAAUAAUAUUUGGUUAUUACUAGUGAAGUAGGUUACUUAGAGUGGUUUCUGCGCCGGUUUACUGGAAUAAGAUUUUGCAGGGGUUUUCACGAUAUAUGUCCGCAUUAAAGCAGACUGACUGAAAGAGGUCGAGAGAAGAGAACUUGUGAUUCCGAUUUCCAAGAGAGCAUUCGUUUUGGAUCUUAAAAAGGCCAUUGAGGCUGAGAGCCAUAUCAACAUAAAUUUACAAUAUUUGCUAUAUAAAGGGAAAGAGUUGCAUGACAAGCAACAACUUUUUCAAUACUUCAUCCUACCAAGAGUUAUGGUUUUUAAAAAGCAUGUAAUAGAAGACGACGAAGUUCCGGGCUGUAGCAAAAGUACAGUCGAUCAACCAAAGGAAAAUACCACAAUAGAUUUUGAAGAUGCAGUUUCUGCCUUCUACAGAGUAGGAGAUAAAGUGGACACAAAGUGGAUGGAAAUUGGAACAUGGUCUGAAGGGACCAUUACAAGAAUAUUAAAGCGUCUCGGAGACGAUAGCAAAGCUGAAUCGGAUCUACUCUUUGAAGUUAAAAAUGAAGAUCAUGUGUCUGUUUAUCCAUAUACCGACAAUGCUAAGUUCAGCAAUAUUAGACCUCGCAGCUAUUACACUUAUAAAAUCCCAGAGCUGAAGCCAGGCAUGAAAGUUUUGGUAAAUUAUAAUAAAGACACCCCAACCUCAAGAGGGUUUUGGUACGACUGCAUUUUGAAGGAAGUGGGAUCGGUCAAUAUUGUAGGAACAUUACUGGACGACGAAACUACAAUGGAAUGCAAUAUUAAGUUCACUCAAGAGAUCAUGCGCAUAGAAGAGCCGCAAUUGUUGGAAAACCGUAACAAUGCUAAUUUAAAUAAUGAAAAACCGAGAAUCUACCCAGUGCACUGUGAAAAGUGCAUGGACAAUAGUCAGAAAGGUUGUAAAUUUUGUGGCUGUCGCCUCUGCAGUGGCAAGAGCGAUUGUGAUAAAUUGCUUUUGUGUGACGAGUGUGAUGCAGGUUUUCACAUAUCUUGCUUGGAUCCUCCUCUGGAUAAGAUACCUGAUGGUGACUGGUACUGUCCAUUUUGUAAAACCGAUGACUCAAAAAUUGUAAAGUCUAGCGAGCCUAGCAAAAAGAGGGAGAAAAUGCCGAGUAAACAAAAAGAAACGACACACGAUUGGGGGGAAGGAAUGACAUGUGCGGGACUCACCAACCAGAAUAAUCUGAAGAAAUCGCACGUAGGGGCCAUACCGAACAUCGAGGUUGGAUUUUGCUGGAAGUUUAGACAUGGGGUUGCCGAAUCUGGUGUACAUCGGCCGCCCGUUGCUUUAAUUCACGGACAGGAAACAGAUUGUGCAUACAGUAUACUUCUUUCUGCUGAUUACCGAGACGAUGAGGACAACGGAAAUGAGUUUUAUUAUACAGGAUCGGGAGGCCGAGGUCUAAGCGGAAACAAAAGGACCGGCCAUCAAAUUUUCGAUCAAGAACUGACACGUACCAAUAAAGCUUUAGCGCUGAAUUGCAACGCCCCGUUCGACAAGAAAAACGGUGCGGACUCCCAAGAUUGGAAAAAAGGCAGACCCGUUCGCGUCGUCAGGAGCUACAAGCUUAAAAAAUAUUCCGAGUUCGCUCCCGAUGAAGGUUUCAGAUACGACGGCCUCUACAAAGUAGUGAAGUAUUUUCCCAUAAAGGAAAAAUCCGGGUACUUGGUGUGGAAAUAUCUUUUGAGGAGGGACGAUCCCGCGCCUGCGCCGUGGGAGAGCGAUGCUAAGACUUUCGACAUGAUUUAUCCCCCUGGAUUCUUGGAAGCCCAGCAGGCAAAACAAAGGGCGGACUCUGCAAACAAAGAAAAUUCAAAAUCUUCGAAACGCAAACGCGGUAAUGAGUCCGGCGAAAAGAUUAAAAUCAAGUUUCCAAGACGCGAAGCUUACGCCUUGGACGUGAAAGUGGAAAAUGCUAUAACAGCAGACAAAAUAAACGAGAAGAUGUGGUCGGAGUGCCGGAGCAUUCUCAAAGAGGGAAGGCAGAAAUUCCUAGAUAAAGUCGCGAAAACAUUUAUGUGCGUCAUCUGCGGAGAGCUGGUUUUCCAACCGGUUACAGGGCAGUGCGGCCAUAAUUUCUGUCAGGCAUGCUUGAAAGAAUUCUUCACACGCCGCCUGUUGAAUUCGUAUUCCUGCCCCUAUUGCAGGGAAAGUUUGGAGGAGGACUUGGUUAUGGGGGACCAGGUCAAUAUGAACUUAAGAAGUGCGCUGAAUCUACUUUUCCCGGGCUACGAGACCCAUUAAAUUUAAGUAUUGAUUUAUAAUUUCAAUAGUCCUUUGUUCAGCUUUAGUUAAUUACGAGUUUAUUUUACUCUGAGGCUAGUGAUUUGAAGUUAUGAACUGAAAGCGCAGAUUAUAAUAACAAACCAACUCGGUAAGUUCUAAUUUCUUUCUUUCAUUUUCUUCAAAAGCAUGAUCGAGCUGGUUGUUACAAUAAUUUGUGCUGCAACUCAGUAUUAUUUAAUUUUUUAGAAUUUGUUGAAGUUAGUGUAUGGUUGAUGUUUUUUCAAAUGUCUCCAAGCUUUAGUGAUGGAGGCAGUGGUGAGCCCAAGGCAGCCUUAAACCUUAACAACACCAAAUUCUCCUGUAAAGACAUUGUACGGGGCCAAUUUUCUUAAUAUGAUGAUGAUUUGAAUAAUUUAUCAGUAAAUUUCGUGCAUAGAACAAGGUUCACAGCAAUUGCUCGCAAGUGACGAAAGAGCAGUUAACAAUAAAUAGGUAUAGGUAGUAUGUACCUAUGUUUUCUUUAGGUGGUUCUCUGUUCUGAAAGUAAAUGGCCCUAUUAGAAUGUAUAUUUUACCAGUGGAGUGUUUAUUUGCAUAGUUUAAAAGCUAGCUGGAUAUUAUAUGAGCUACUAUUCAAGCUAAUUUAUAAAGUAUAUAAGACUGGUCACCAGAAUACAAAGUACACAAAGUUUUAUCUAGCCUUCUUUAGUUUAUAGUUAAUUGGAUAGAUAAAUCUUGUGUAGUUUGUAAACUAGCUGGAUAGUAUAAAAACUAGGCAAUAUUCGAAGGCAAAGAGGUAGCAAAGUCCAGAAAAAUAUAUUAUCUACAAUUUUCCUGGAUUCCUCCUGCGUCGAUUCUUGACAAUUACAAUUUGUUGACGUUUCGUCUAGUUAUCCAGUUGACUUCCUCAGAGGUUGAGUUUGAGAUUGAGUAUUCUACUCUGUACCUGCUUAUACACGGCUUGAGGGGGCGGAGCUAGAAGAGGGACAUGAACGUUAUAUCCUUAAGCUCCGCCUCCUUCACACUGUAAAUAAGAAGAAUGUAAGCCAGUUUCACUUAAGCUCUAAAUGUCAACUAAUUCUAUUGAUCAGCAACUGACUCAGAAAGAAUCCAGAGGGAAUUGUAAAUAAUGUUAGAGGUGUAUUGAAAAAAUUAGACCGACGCACAUACGCACCUGGAAGUUGCAGCCUGGUGAAAAUUUCGAAUUUUAAAUCAAUUUAAACAGACUUUUUUAAAAAUAAAUUUUAUAUAGUAAGUUUAAAUUGACACAAAAAAAAUUCAAAUCAUGCUUGUGCAGCUGAAAUUUUAAUAUUAUUUUGUUAUCAUAACAGAGGAUGAGAAGUAAUUUGAUUUUUUUAUAGUCUAAAAUAAUACAUACCAAAAAAUUAUAAUUGAAAUUAUACAUAUAUAAAAUAUGCAUGAAUGAAAUUGACAGUUUUUGGUUAGUUUAAAUUAAAUAAUGUUAAAUGAAAUUUUUAAAUAUGGAAUUUUUUUCAAUUACUAAAAAUUAAAAUGCUUUUAUAAAUUUUAUUAUUUAGUUUUAGAUAUUCAAAAUUCUGCUUAAAAUGACCUCUACAGGAGGACUACACAAAGGCAAACGCAACCAGUUCCAGGAGUUAGACGUUUGGCAUGUAUAUCAAAAGUUGUCUAUUAUAAUAUGACAUACAAAAUAUCAGCAUGUUCAAUUUUUUUUUUUUUUUUCGAAAAACGUUGCUGCAGCCUAUACUAUAUUGAGGCACAUGGCUUGUAUAAUAUCCAGGUAGUGUAAUGUUAUGUUCGUUAAAAUAUUUAUAAAUUGAUAUGUGAAAACAAUUAUUUCUAUUUCCGUUCGAAUAAAUUUGAUAUAAACUGAUUUUUAUUUUUUAAAAAGUGUAAGAGGGAGUCAGUCUUCCUUGUGCACUGGGUAGUUUUGUCUUUAUUUUCAGAUCUUAGCUAAUAAAGGAUAAAAACAUACAUUUUUA